UUCGUAUCGCGCCAGCCGAGGAUCAGUUUCAGCCUCCGACACCGGCAGCCAGAAAGAGUCAACACAAGCAAAAAAGUCAACUUCUAACUACUACACCAUCGUCUUCUUUCCCUCCCCAUAUCCCACCAGCUAUCCAGCCCUCGAUGAACCCGUGCUGCUCUUCUAUGCUGCUGAGAAGCCAUGUCUCGUCUGUGAGCCAUGACUUGUAAAGUCCGUUGCGGCAUCCUGCGUCCUCCAGCCUGGCCCAGUCACCUCCCGCAAGGCCUGAGCUGCACCAUCUCGUGAAUGAAUGGCACCGCCGGCAUGCUGCUAAGCCAGUCGAGUCGGUGCCGGCAGAGCGUUCGCUGGAGAUGCUGUCGGCAGGUCCGCUGUCUCUCCGCAGACAGCCAGCGGCCUCCUCCGUGGCGGCCUGGCUCCGUUCUCGAUGAUUGGGUAGAGAGAGACGUCCGGCCGAUCAGCCUGCGCCAGUUGACCUUUUUUGGUCGUACGCUCACUGAGAGCAGACUCAUCAGUUCUGCGAACUACGUCCGGACGGAGCUCCCCACUAGGAUCGCCCACCGUCUACGUGAUAUGCAGAAGCUGCCGUAUGUCGUUGUGACGAAUCCUCAUCUCUCCUAUGUCUACGAACUAUACUACAAGGCCUUUGAGCGCUUCCGGACAGUGCCCGAGAUCAAAACAAUAGAAGAUAAUGAUAGAUACUGUGAUAUUUUACGCCAUGCUCUCAAGGAGCAUCUUACCGUUAUUCCUAACCUUGCAAUGGGUGUGUUGGAGUGCCAGGACUUAGUCAAGCCUGAUGUUAUGGACCGGUUUAUGAAUACUCUCCUGCGAGCGGUAUGAUAGCACCCAUAUCCUUAUAGCGGCUUACUGAGGCGAAACUAACAUGCAGUAAUAGAGAAUAUCACGACGGGUGAUAGCAGAGCAACACCUGGCUCUUACAGAGACAUUCAACUCACCAUGGCAUUUCCCAGAUUCGUCCGACCGCGAUAUGGGUGCAGAUUUCGUCGGUGAAGUCUUCCUCAAAUGUAACGCAAAGGACGUUGUAGAGCGCUGCGGAAAGCUAGCUCGUCACCUACUGCGACAAACCCUCGGUCCAGACGCAAGAAUUCCCAAAAUAUCCAUUCAGGGUCAUCUUGGUGCUACAUUCCCUUACAUUCUAAGCCAUCUGGAGUAUAUAGUUGGAGAGCUGCUUCGCAAUUCCAUGCAGGCAGUUAUCGAGAAAUACAAAGACAGCAAUAGCCCACCACCGCCGAUAGAGGUGCUCAUCUGCGAGGCUCCACAACAUGUCAUUAUCCGUGUCUCAGACCAGGGCGGCGGCAUCCCUCGCGAUAUCCUCCCCUAUCUCUGGUCAUUCUGCAAGGGCCCUCGUUCGAAAACUCGAUUAGAGAACCUUGGCCAGAUUCACGCCAUGGCCGCAACUAUGCAAGAACUGAAUGUUUCGCAUCAGGACUCGUCAAAAGUACCCAGAGGAAUAAAGGAAAACUCCCUAGACUCUCUCAGUUCCCGUCCGCCUAAUCUAAGGCUCGGAAUGGGCCUCCCGAUGAGUCGUGUCUAUGCAGAGUACUGGGCUGGUACACUCGAGCUCCAUAGCCUUGAGGGUUAUGGUGUCGAUGCCUUCCUACAGAUUUCUAGACUAGGGAACCAGAACGAGCAAGUAUCGAAGCGAGCGGCCAUCGAUGCUGUAUAACCUGUCUUCCAUCGCACACCGAAUGAAACGGUCCAAAUAUCACACCCUUACCCUAUACAAGUCUCCCCCAUAUAAACUACAUUGCCACAGGUGGACGCAAUUAUUCCAAUACCCAAACACCACUUCUUCCUCUUUCUUACCUCUCUCCUCUGUUACCUCUCUCCUCUGUUCUUACUUGACGGACUAGCAUGAUCGACUGGUUAUUGCUCUCACUUUUUCAUUUAAUUGAUAGGCAAAUACAAAUACCUGUGCAUCGACCUUUGUACGCCAUGCUCUAUAGAAUUGUACAAAGGAACGAUCUCAUGCUACCAACCAAAAAUUUUCACCACGUGAUCUAGUUUUCUCCUAUGACAUCAUAUGGAUGUAAAUAGACGCAGGAUGCGCUUGCCAAAUUUACUUUAAAAGUCAACAAGCGCGAGAUAGUAAACAGUUCUCUCCUGAAGAAACAACGGAGCAAUUUCGCUCUCAUCCCUCAAUGAAUAAGUCCAUGGUUAUAUUCUAUAGGCAAUAUCGUGCUUAACAACCCAAAGCUAAAGUUGAUUAUUGUGACUUAGCCCGUUAUCUUACGUCUCGGCAGCCAGAACCUACAUCAAGCUGUUAUUCCCUGAAUUCGCAUCAGCGCUAAGAUGUCUGAGACUUGUGCAGGUGUUAUCAUUGUUCUAGUGACCCUCCUUUGUAGGCCUCACCCUGUGAUACCCAAUUUCCCAUCCGUAUACAUAUACAGAAGUGCUAACGUGGUUUAUUUCAGUCCCG